CAUGCGGAAGUGCAGACCUGAGGCUACGUUUGAGUGUUAGAUUUUUGUAAAUCUGCCAAGUAAAACUUAAGAUAUGAUCAUUUCAAUUUCAUGAAAAAGUCCGUCAAAAAAUGCGCUCUUUUAUGCACGCGUUGCAUUUAUUUUAAUAUUUUUCUCGUUUUUUUCCAAAAAUGAAACGGAGAAAAACUGUGGAUUCUGCUGACUCAUAGCUAUAGGAUGCAGGAGAAAGCGAGAGGACAAAGAGACGUCUAAGAAAAAAACAAUUAGGUUUAUUAUGACUAGUUUUCGAAGUAUUUUGAGUUAUUAUGGGGCGAUUUUGAGUAGUUUAGUUAUAUAUUUGGACUUAUUUGGGGGGAAAUGAGGCGAACACGCUGUCUAACAUGCCGUCAACUUGUUAUUUCAACCGAAGAGCAAGAAGAGCUUCAUUUUUGUUUACGACGAGAGUGUGCAAGGAUCCACCCUACAAAGUGGAGGAGUCUGGAUACGCCGGUUUUAUAUUACCCAUUGAAGUGUACUUCAGAAAUAAGGAAGAACCUAGGAAAGUACGUUUUGAUUACGACCUGUUCCUGCACCUGGAAGGCCAUCCACCUGUCAAUCAUCUGCGCUGUGAGAAGCUUACGUUCAACAACCCCACAGAGGAAUUCCGCAGAAAGCUUCUGAAAGCCGGAGGGCAACGGGAUCCUCACAAAACUAGUUUAGAGAAUUCUAAAGUAAUGGUUUUGCAGGAAGAAUCCACUUUUGGGCAGCACCUCAAGCUGUCGACACAUCCAAGCAACUCUUUGACUGUGAGUCUCUCAGAGUCUAAGAAGAACAAAUCUUUCCAGCAGGAAAAGGAUGGGACUAAAGGAACCAACACAACGCUCCUCACCACAACCACCACCAAUAGUAACCGCUUCUCAAAACUCCACAAACCCUCCAAGGACCACAAGGAAAAACCUUUGAAAGACUCUAAAGAACCCAAAAGUGCCUUCAAAGACUGUGGGAGUGAACCCAGCAGCAAAGCCUCCAAAGAUUCCAGGAAACCCAAAGAGAACCAACCACUUAGGGAUACAGAGUCAAACCCAAAGAUGGGUUUUAAGGAGCCCAAGUCUUUGUCCAAGGAACAUCGGACCAAGUUUGUCCUCUCCUAUGGGACUGGACCAGGGAUCAGCAAGCGACUGUUGGUUUCCAAUAAUGAGGACAACGUGACCAAAAAGCGCAAGAAGGGUUUCUUGGAGUUACCGGUGAAAGCGGGUACGGGCACAGGCUCCCUGCCGCACCCACAUCAUGUGGAGAAGAAACUGCUGAAGGACAAAUCUCAGAUGUGCAUGGCAAAACAGCGGAUAAACACUAUGGAAAUGACAGACAUUACACGAGCACCUACGUUACCACAAUUUCAGGAGCUAGUGGACCCUAAUGACUUGGACAUGGAGGGCAACAUAUGCACCAAAUCAGAGUCAAAGCAGCCGAGCCCUGCCAGCUCAAGUUCAAGUUCUAGCUCGAGCUUUAUACCCAGUCACAAGCAUCAAGUGUUGGGUCCCCUCCAAUCAAUCAUGCAAGACCUGCACUCUGACGAUAAUGUAGAGGAGCCUGAGGAGGAGGAGGACAAUGAAGCAGACUCUGACCUUGAAUGGCCCAUGCACACACAUAUGACACAUUGCCACCGCAGGAUCAGCCUGAGUGACGGUAGUGAGAGUGAAAACAGCCCUGCUCCUUCACCCCUUUCACACAACAAUCCACCUCCUUUAUUAAAGACAAGUAAUAACCAGGCUUACCUGGAUGAGCUGGUAGAGCUGCACAGAAGACUAAUGGCACUGCGCGAAAGGCACAUAUUACAACAAAUAGUGAAUCUCAUCGAAGAGACUGGACACUUCCAUAUCACAAACACAACUUUUGACUUUGACCUCUGCUCUUUGGACAAAACCACAGUCAGAAAGCUUCAAAGUUACCUGGAAACGUCUGGAAUUUUGUAAGGCGAAGAGCUAUAGGCUGCCAGUGGGUUUGGUGAAUGUUAACUUCCUCUAACUACUAUUUUGUCUCUUUUUACUUGAACUUUCACUGCAAUGCAGCCUGUUCUCUCCUUGACUGAGACCAGUAUUCGGUUUGGGUCCUUGUUCUUUCUUUCUUUAGUCAGGAGUUGGCUCGUGAUAAACAAAGAACAGGUUUAACCACUACAUCACCCUGGAAAUUACCCAGGUCGACCAGAUCACCUUAUAAGCCUUAAAGUUCGCAAUUCACUAAAACGAAUUGAAAACAGUGUAUUGCUCUUACUUUACAUAUUGUUAUCGUGUACUCUGUGCGUGUUAUGUUUAGUUCAUUGUGACGUAUGUGCAACUGCCUUACUGCAUUAUCAGGCUAAGUUAUUGAAUUUGAGUUCCAAGUGUGUGUGAUGGCGAAAACAGAAUUAUACUUGCACCAACACCUCACAGCAACCAUAUCUCGUGCUGUGUAUGACAGUCAAGUUCUUUAUAACCAAAAACUGUGAGGAAUUACUUGAGUGGCAAUAAAAUGUAAAAGCAGGGGAUGGCUCUUUUUUGAGGUUAUAUGAAGUACAGAAAUGGGCAAUGGAACUUGUCAACUUGGAAAACUUGGAAAUGUCAUGCACUUACAAUUGUCACAUUGAUAUCAUAAUUGUGGUAUCAAACAUUUGUAUUUAUACUGGAUGAUUAUUUCGAAAAGGUGCUGCAUUAAAUAGUUAUUAGCUUGUGCUUGUUUAAAACUGUAACUGUCCUCAAGAUGGAACAGUCAAGAAUUACUUUUUUUUAUAUAUACAAAUGUACUAUUUAGAGUCUAGGACAUCAGAAAAUCUUUAUUUAUUAAAUGGGGAUCUUAGUUGCAAAAUCUGCAUACAUUUGGGGAGACGUUUUUGUGUCACUUGCUAUGAUUAAUAUGUUGUCCUUAGACACAUUUUAGGAAUUGAUAUUGUUUGGUAUUCAAAGGCUGUACCAUAUGUGGGAGAAUGCAUGUGAUCUUUUUCAGGGGCCAUGACAGCAGAAUGUGCUGUUUAACCUUUUGCUUGACUUUUAUGUUCCUUAUGAGGUAUUGUAAAUCGUAGAAAAAUAUUUUUAAAAAUUGGAAAAGUAAAUAUUCAUUAUUAUGUACAAAUUAAGUCAUGAAUAUCCAGCAGAGGAAAGUGUAUUGGCACUGUGAUUUCAAACUCGUGUUGCAUUCUUGUACUUUACUGCUAAAUAUUUGAUUGAAUGCCCUAUCUUUUCAUAUUUUUCCUUUGCUCUAUUUCCAAGCACAAAUACAUCUGUUUUGAUUGAAAGAAUAUCAUAUAUUGUUUGUGUCUAUAUAAACUGUAUAACUAUGUUCUUGUUUUUUGACUGACUCAUCUUUAAUGGAAACAUUUCUUAGCAUGGGGCUCCCUGGUAGCUCACUGGGUAGGGUGCGUACCAUACAAGCUGAGGCCCACACGCAGCAUCCCGGGUUUGAUUACAGCUCUGGGGUCUCAUUUAUAAAACUGUGCGUAGGAUUCUUACUCAAAGUGUACGUCCGCCCAAA